AUGGACUACAGCGACGACUGGAGUAUCCUGCUGAAAGGCCAUCCUAUUUUCCAUACGAAAGAUGAACUCGCUACUGCUGGUACGGCCGCAGAGCUCUCCCGAGAAAGUCUCGCCCAAAAUGCCUCGCCCGGUCGGCGGCAAACGAUGCUCAUCAAGGACACGGAGCUCCUCGUCGCCGUGAAGAACGAACUUCGUGUGACGUCGCUGAAAGACGCACAAUUGUCUAAGAGUAUGCGUAAAACUUACAAGGUUCUGGAUACGCCUGCUCUAUCCUUCGACAUCCGCCAAAUGGCCGUCAACCCGUCUGGAAAGCUCCUGGCAGUGGCAGGAACUCGUCAGGUCGUCGUCGUCGUACUGCCUCGACCGGGUUAUAUGCGUCUGGUACCCACGAAUAUUGACUGCAAGUCCAUCAAGGUUGGACAGCCGUAUCAUGGGGUAGCCACCUCAUCUCCCGUCGCCAAGCUUCAAUGGCAUCCUUGGGGGGACUCGGGGUCUACAUUGCUCGUCAUGACCGUAGAUGGGAAGCUGAGGGAGUACGAUAUAUCGGUUGAUACCGAAGAGCCAGCUCAAAUCUUGUCUUUCGACCGAGGCCGCAAAAAAUCCUUCAACGCCUUCGAUGAGUCAGAGAACGAAGUGGCGUCUUUCACGUUGGGCAAAGGCAGGGCCGAUUGGGGGCCGUUGACCGUGUAUGUAGCGAUGCGGAGCGGAGAUGUAUAUGCCAUAUGCCCUUACCUGCCUCAAAAUGCUUCUGUGCCUUCAUCGUAUUUGCACGCGCUUGAUUGCUACGUCAAUGCCAAGCAAGAGUACCUAGCGAAGUACUCGUCUAAGGAGAGUCAGGCCCUAUCUGUCCUAUACGACUACCAACGCAAAUACAUCAACGCCUUGCUCAAGCAAUUACCGGCCGGCACCACUUAUCCUAUAUCAUCACGGACCGUGACAUUGCAUCCUCCUUCUACACUCAAACACCAGCCGCGGCGGCAGGGUCCUUUCUUACUUCAGCCCGCGCCUCAUGAGCUCUCUGGCAGCAACUACGUCGAUACCACGGACAUAGUCUAUCUAUCGUUUGGCAACGAGAGUCUGCGCGACGAAGACAGCGAGAAGGAGCGCCUGGGUCUUGUACUCAUCGCAUCUCAGGACGGGAGAGUCGAUGUCUGUCUGGACGUAGACAAGGUUGAGGCACGAUGGGCCACCAGUAAAACCGACGAGGAAUGGCCUAUGCUCGCUGUCUACGAGAGCAUUGAUCUCGGCCUGCUCGACCUACUUCGGACGCGACCAUCAUCGGUCGAACUACUCGAGGCGAACCAUCCAAUAAUCUUCCCUGAUCCCAUUCAUGAUGAUACAGUCUACAUCUAUCACGCUUUUGGCACACACUCUUUAAACUUCGACCCCAUUCUGAAGAUAGGCGAUGCUUUGCGCGGGGAUGACGAUGCAUCGUUGAUCGAAACCCUGGAGAGAAGACCGUCCACGGAUGUCAAGCACAUUGUCUCUACCUUCUCUGUCGAGCGCAUUGCCUCUCAUCCCGUACUGGCCGUGGCAAUACCGAAUGACGUCUACCUCGCAUACAGCAUCACAGUCCUGACCUCGGCUAUGCACAUAGCCUCGUUCUCCCUGAACGUGCGACUGGAAUCCGCGAGAGAGCAUCCGGUAACAGCCGCCGACAAGGUUGGGGCAGUCGACUUCCUGAAGGCCCUGCCUGGUCCACUCGCCUAUAUACCUUUUCCGGGGGCUAAACCCUACGAAAUACCCUCCAUACUAUCGCAAUCCGUCGCAACUCGCUUCCCUGUCGACUCGGCGCACAAGAGCAAGGAUCUCCGCAUCACUCCCGACACUCUACGCUACCUCCACCAACAGGUCGAGCGCUUCUCGUCGGCGAUCCGCAGUACACAAGGUGCAUAUAAGGAAGCAUUGCAACGUCGAGAAAUGCAGAUGCUUGAGCUUCAUCGUCAAUUGGCUAAAAUGAAGGAGGUUCGUGACAGAAUCGAAAGCCUCAAGGGUGCUCGGCAGCGUGAGACAGAGGAACGCGUGAGACGCCUGCGUGGAUCGCAAAGUAUACUCAUGGGCCGACUUGACGCGGUGUUGCAAGCCAUGAUGAAGCGCGCCAACCCGGAGCUGACGGAUCAGGAGAAGAAGUGGUUUGAGGAACUCAAGCGGAUGGAGGCCGACGUGCUGGGCUCAGGAGGGCACACAUCGGAGAGUUUGCACGCUCGAAUUGCACAGCUUCAACGCGACUUCGUGCGACUAAGACCGCAGCUGGAAGCCGUGCGUAGUAAACAAGCUGCGCUCGUACGUGCAUCACCCGAGCCGGCGACCUCUCUUGGGGCGUCUCAAACGUUCGAGUUCAGGCGCUACUUUGACAAAGAGUGUAGCCGCAUACAGAAGAUGGAGAAAGAGCUCGUCAGCUUGGCGAAAGCACUGAACCACCCAAUAACGCGGCCACCACGUCUAGCCGAGAGCAUAUUGAAUAAUUGA